UCAUCGUCAGUGUCCUCUUCAAAAAAAGGGGGCUAUGAAAUGAAUUUUAAUCAAGAUUUUACUUCCAUUUCGGUCCUGAGCAAUGAUGGUUUUCGCCUGUAUUCGAUCAAUGCAAGCGAUAAAAUCGACGAGAUUUUCGCCAAAGAAAAUUCCGAACAAAUACGAAUUGUGGAGAGGCUCUUCAAUAGUUCGCUGGUAGUGCUGGUCACUCAACAAAAACCGAAUUGUUUGAAAAUGUUACAUUUCAAAAAGAAACAGGAUAUUUGUAAUUGUGUCUAUCCAUCGGAUAUUCUAUGCGUUCGUAUGAAUCGUUAUCGCCUCGUCGUGUGCCUGGCCGAAAGUAUCCACAUUCAUGAUAUUCGUGAUAUGAAAAUUUUACAUUCCAUUGAAAAUAUUGCUCCGAAUGAAUUGGGUCUAUGUUCGCUGUCGUUAAAUUCCCAUUUGGCAUUUCCGAUUUGUACGACCAGUGGAGAGUUGAGAAUUUUCAAUGCCAAUAAACUGAAAACGGGACUGACAAUUAAGGCUCAUGAUACGGCCCUUUCGGCUAUGGCAUUUUCGCCAAGUGGGACUCUGUUGGCCACUGCCUCGGAACGAGGAACUGUGAUAAGGGUAUUUUGUGUUAAGAAUGGUCAAAAGGUCCAGGAAUUUAGGAGAGGUGUGAAACGAUGUGUUCGCAUUGCCUCGUUGGUCUUUUCGACCACAGGGGAUUUUUUGUGUGCCUCAUCGAAUACGGAGACCGUGCACAUUUUUAAGAUUGACACAAAGGCCGUGGAGGCGGCAGAAAGGAAGGCUUCGAUAGAUGACUCCAAAAAAUCCCCGCAACAAACACCUGCCCCUGUACCGAAUUCCGCCACAAACCAAACCUCCAGCAACUCCUGGUCCAUGAGCGGUUAUCUAUCCAAGGCUAUGUCUUCAUAUUUAAUACCCUCACAAAUUGGCGAUGUGUUAAGUCAAGAUCGGGCUUUUGCCACAGCGGUAUUGGGUCAACCGGGACUCAAACAUGUCUGUGGUUUGGCACGCAUACAAAAGGAGUUACGGCUCCUAUUGGCCUGUGAAGAUGGUUUCCUAUAUAUUCACGAAUUCAAUAGCGAAAAGGGUGGUCCUUGUAAGCUAUUGCAGGUUCAUGAUUUACGCUACACUUUGGAGGGUGUGAUUGAACUCAAUCUCUCCGAUAGCAUGGAUAAAAUUUCCUUUUCGGGAAAUUUACCCUCAACACCAACUAGCAAUCCUUCGGCAGGAUUCUCAGCAUCGGAUGCAUCGGUAUCACCUGCCAUCGAUACAUCACCACAUUCCAAGGAUUCGGCCUCCUCAUCGCCGCAUAGCAAAUCAAGUUCUAUGAGCAGUGUUAGUGUUAUCAUUGAAAAUCCGGAUCCUUCAACAGAUAAUUCAUAUGCCAGCAUAUUAAAGGGUACCGAACCCGGGCUGAAUACUCUUACAGAUUCGGCGAAAUUUCGAAAACUUUGUGAUGCCAUUGACACGCCCACUAAAUUGUACGAUGAACGACAAUUCCCCCCAGUGGCCAUAGCGGCCAAAGAUUGACAGAAAUCCGGAAUGACAACAACUAACCAUACAAC